ACAAUCUAAUCUUGACUUGACUUGAGGGGGGAGACAGAUGGAUCUAGUCUGGGAGACGAAGGAGGCUCCAGUUCACGCACGUGUAUCCUCUCCGCUUCUUUCUCUUUUAUUUCUAUUUUUGGUUCCAUUUCUAUUUUUCGCUUACGUGAGAAUCAAACUCCUUUCAAUUAUUACUCGACCACGGAUGGUUAUGACCAGACACCGUUCUGGCUCUGAUUGCUAAUUUUUUCUCUGAUGGAGGAUGUGAAAAUUACUGAAGUUAUAUCUCCUCUGGAACCUUCUUCAACAUCCCAAGAUAAUGGUCCUUCUCAUGGUGAAGCUUCAUCAAGCCAUGCGACAAAUGCAAAUGUAGAACUUGAUCAAGUUGCCAUGAAAGACGAUUCAGUUGAUAAAACAGAGAUAUACCACCAAGGUGCAUUGAAGGAUGAUUCCAAAUCAGAAGCAACACAAAAUGUGCUGAAUGUACAGGAUGAAUCUCGAGAGAAAACUGCAGGCGUCAAAAUUUCCUCGAAUGGUCCACAAGAUCAAGAGAAAACCGAAGACAUACAGAAUUCCUCAGAUGGACAGAAAUCUCAAAGAAAAACUGAACCCGUACCUAAUUCUUCUGGUGUACGGCAACCUCAAGAUCCUAUCAGCAGUCCUCAUGUCCAUGUUGAUGAUGGUAUACCUGCUACUUCCUCUCCUAUUGAAAGAGCACAAUUCGAGGAACAUGCUCUGCCCCAUGUAAAGGUUAGAGUGCAGCAAGAUGAGCUUGCUUCUCCUCAUGCAAAUGUUGCCAGUCCUGAUUUCAGGACACCGAAUUCUACUGAUUCUCCUCGGCUUUUUAAGCAGAGUGACAUGAACAGAGGUCUAAUUGAUACGGCAGCACCUUUUGAAUCUGUUAAAGAAGCUGUUUCCAAGUUUGGAGGAAUUGUUGAUUGGAAAGCCCAUAGAAUCCAGACUGUAGAGAGACGCAAACUUGUAGACCAAGAACUAGAGACGGUACAGGUGGAGAUGCCUGAGUACAAGAAACGGUCAGAGGCUGCUGAAGAGGAAAAAAUACAAGUUCUUAAGGAGCUGGACAGCACUAAGAGACUUAUUGAAGAGCUAAAGCUCAAUCUGGAGAGGGCACAGACUGAAGAGCAUCAGGCAAAACAAGAUUCUGAGCUUGCCAAGCUCAGGGUGGAAGAAAUGGAACAGGGGAUUGCUGAUGAAGCUAGUGUUGCAGCCAAGGCACAACUUGAGGUUGCUAAAGCCAGGUACUCAGCUGCGGUGUCAGAACUAAAGACUGUUAAUGAUGAGGUGGAAGCACUGCACAAGGAAUAUGCUUCUUUGGUCAGUGAGAAAGAUGAAGCUGUUAAAAAAGCUGAAGAUGCUGUUUCUGCAUCCAGGGAAGUUGAGAAGACUGUAGAGGAACUUACAAUCGAGCUGAUUGCUACCAAGGAAUCCUUAGAGUCUGCGCAUGCUGCUCAUAUGGAAGCAGAGGAGCAAAGAAUAGGAGCAACCAUGGCCAAGGAGCAAGAUUCUCUUCAUUGGGAGAAGGAGUUAAAGCAAGCAGAAGAGGAGCUCCAAAGACUUAACCAACAAAUUCUUUCAGCAAAGGAUCUCAAAUCAAAACUAAACACUGCUUCAGCUUUGCUCGUUGAUUUGAAAGCUGAACUAGCAGCUUAUAUGGAAUCUAAAACAAAGGAGGGAACUGAAGGAAAACCAAAAGCUGAGCAGCAGGAACCAGAGAAAACAACUCACACCGACAUACAAGCAGCAGUUGCUUCAGCAAAGAAGGAACUGGAAGAAGUAAAACUCAACAUUGAGAAAGCAACUGCAGAAGUAAAUUGCUUGAAGGUGGCUGCCAUAUCGUUACAAACAGAGCUGGAAAAAGAAAAAUCAUUGUUUUCUGCAAUCAAGCAGAGAGAAGGAAUGGCCUCAGUAACAGUUGCUGCUCUUCAGGCUGAGCUGGACAAGACUAGGUCGGAAAUAGCCCUGGUUCAGAUGGAAGAGAAAGAAGCCAGAGAAAAGACAGUUGAGAUUCCCAAGCAACUGCAACUAGCAGCGGAAGCAGCUGAUGAGGCCAAGUCACUCGCUCAAAUGGCUCGUGAAGAGCUAUGCAAAGCGAAGGAAGAAGCAGAACAAGCAAAAGCUGGUGCAAGUACGAUGGAGAGUAGAUUACUUGCAGCUCAAAAGGAAAUAGAAGCUGCCAGAGCCUCUGAAAAAUUGGCUUUAGCAGCGAUCAAAGCUUUGGAAGAGAGUGAAUCAGCUCAAAGCACCAAUAAUGUGGAUUUACCUACCAGUGUAACACUCUCUCUAGAAGAGUACUAUGAGCUCAGCAAGCGUUCCCAUGAAGCAGAGGAGCAGGCCAACCUGAGGGUAGCAACUGCUAUUUCUCAGAUCGAAGCAGCCAAGGAAUCAGAGUCAAGAACCGCCGAGAAGUUGGAACGAGUGAAUCAAGAGAUGACCGCAAGAAAGGAAGCUCUGAAAAUUGCAUUGGAUAAGGCUGAGCAGGCGAAGGAAGGGAAGUUGGGUGUAGAACAGGAGUUGAGAAAGUGGAGGGCUGAGAAUGAGCAACGACGUAGGGCUAGCAAUUCUGGUCUGGGAGCUGCAAACCCCAAUAAAAGCCCAAGGGAAAGCUUCGAGGUCAGGAAAGAAUCAAAGAGUGUUGAUCGUGUACUGGAUGCCGCCGUGGAUUAUGUUUCAAAUCCAAAAUCAAAUGUACCUGGAAGUAACGCUGGAACCGAUUCCUCUCCAGAAGUAAAGGCUCCAAGGAAGAAGAAGAAAUCGCUGUUCCCGCGAUUUUUAUUGUUUUUUGCGAGGAAAAAAUCACAUCCUUCCAAGACAGGAUAACUUCGAUGCACUGUCCUUCUUGUCAUGAUUUACCUCUCUUUACUGGGUAUUUUUUUUCACAUUGAUAGGAAAAGAUGAGAGUUCGUGGUUAAAUGUAAAUGUUUGUGAAUCGUGCAUUACAAGUUCAUUGGUUUAUAUUUUUGUCUCACUGAUUCAUGAUAUACAUGUAGGCUUUUGGACUUUCGACCAUCGAAUCGAAUCAUUGUAAAGGUGUGAGAUUGGUUUAAUCAAAGAAUUUUGUCAA